UUGUUGUAGCGUAGGCUACCGAGUUGCCAAGAUUAACAGAGUCAAAUUCUUUGCUGAUGUGAGCUAUUCGUUCAAAGAGACCUAAAAUGAGCCACAAGAACGGAAUACAAGCCAGUCUUCCCAGCAUAAUAGCACCCGCCUUGCCCAACACUAUGAGUCUUAAGUUCGGAUCCCCGGCCCGAAAAACAAGUGCUGCUUCAGAUGGAGGUUCGCCAGGCGGAAGCAAAAAGACUUCUCAUACAGACAAAAACGGCAACAUAGACAAAUCAAGAAACGGGUUACAAAUGUUACUGAUGGGGCACGAAUGUGAACUUGGAGAGGACUACCCAGCAUAUAAACGCCAAUCUAGCGAGGGAGAGAAAAACAAUGGCUUUGAUGUGCUUUACCAUAACAUGAAACACGGCCAAAUUUCUGUCAAAUCAUUGCAAGAUCUAUUUAGGGAAAGUGCCACAACAGAAGAUGUUUACGCCAAACACCUCACCAAGUUAGCAAAGCAAGCAGCCAACUCCAGCCCAUUAGGAUCUUUUGCCCCAAUGUUUGAAGUGGUAAAAGUAAUGUCGGAGAAAUUAUCCAGCUGUCACAUGGACUGUGUUCAUAAACUGCAUGAAAUUAUUAAAGAACUUGCAAAGUAUUUGGAAGAACAGAAGAAUAAACAUAAACAAGUUAAAGAUGAACUAAGUGGUACAGCAGAUGCGUUACAUAUCAUACAAACAACAACCGCUGCUGUGAAUAAAAGCAAAGAGAAAUAUCAUCAGCUUUGUAUGGAGACUGAACGGUUAAGAAGAGCUUCUGCACCAAAUAAAGAGAUAGAAAAGGCUGAAAACAAAGUAAAGAAAUCUGCUGAAGAAUAUCGAGCUAUCGUUGCUAAAUACGCAACAGUAAGAAGCGACUUUGAGCAAAAAAUGACCGACAGUGCCAAGAGAUUUCAAGAAAUAGAAGAGGCCCACCUCCGCCAUAUGAAGGGGGUUUUGGAUAAUUACAUUCUCUCAUUUGAAAACGCAAAUGUAUUGAUUAACCAGGUACAUCAGGAGUUUAGAAGGCAAGUUGACGAGAAAACUAUCGCCUCGCUUAUAAAACAAUACAGUGACACUAAAGGCACUGGAACUGAGAAGCCAGGUUUAAUGGUUUUUGAGGAGUGGGAUCCGACCACAUUGGUUUCGAUUGAAACGAGCAGCACAAACGGAACUCUUCAUGAAGAAACACAGAACCCUGCUCCUGCAAAAACCAGAAGACCGAUGGCUCUUCCGUUCCGGAGGAAAAAGCAAAGGAAGAGUCAGAAGGACAUGAUGAACGGAUCAAACACAAGCAAGGAUACUGGCACCGAUAAAGAUGGAGAAUCAAUAGAGUCACCAGACAAGGAUCCUAGCGUUAAAAUUGAUGAAGAAGGAUAUACAAUACGACCAGAAACACCUAAGGGGUCUAAAAAUAGUUGGGGAAUGGAAUCCAGCGGGAGUUCUGACUCUGAUUCAGAUGAUUAUGUGUCGCGGAAAAUCCACGUCAAGAUUAACCCCAAAGAUGUGACAAGAACAGAAAGUGGUAACAACCUUGAUACACUAAACGCCAUCACUCGUAACCUUACAUUGAACUCACCAACUCCUGUGCGGAACACUUAUAUUUACCAUAGUCCGGGUGGAAAACGUCUUUCACGACGAAGAUCUGAAAGGACCAACCGCAUAAAAAACACUCUCUCUCCUCCAACUCGUACUUUCUCACAGUCAAGCAAGUCUAGAAGCGUCCCCAGCACCCCAGUUUCAUCCCUAGUUACCCCUACAUCCCCCAUGCCCAAAACAACCUCCGAAAACCCCUCUUCUUUUACUCCGGAGGAUCAAUCUUCAGAAAAAAGAAAAGCUCCUGUACCUCCAUCUUCUCCACCCCCAGGAGCUGUAAAAGUCCUCCCAACAAUCCCGUCUUCGAAAAAAUCCCAAGAACCCCAACAUCCAGUCCCUGCUCCGAGAAGAUCAUCUUCAAAGCAUCUCCAACCAGCAGAAAACCGUUUCUCGACUGCAUUUGUUCCAUUUACCCCUCCUACCCACUCAGGGUCCCCCAAACACAUCCCAGCAAUUAAACCAAGACAACAGUUCAGAAACAGAGCGUUUGUAUCUGACUCCGACUCACAGGAUGAUAUUUCUGCUCGAUCACGCUUGAGUCGCUCUUUAGAUCGUCUUGAUGAGGAAACAGGAGUAGAAGAAACUGGAAGCCCGUUUAAGAAGAAAUCUUUCAUCUCAUCCAAACCUUUAAAAAACUCGCAAGAACCUACCACCCCACCAGAAAAAGUAACUUUGCGUAAACUCGUAGCCAGCUCACAAUUCCGACCAAAAUCUGACCCCACCCUUGACGCAACUACCCAAACCCAUGACCCGAAUUCUUCACCCUCUACAAAGUGGGUAAAUUUUGACGAGGCAUUUUCGAGCACUUCCCCCACCUCUGAGGGUCCCCCGCCAUUACCGAUCCCAAAACGGAAGACUUUGAAUUACAACUCAAAAAAGAACAAAGAUUCCCCUGCAGCCGAUAAACAAGAAAAAUCCAUGAGCGAUGAACUUCUCGAGCUCUUCGGAGGCGGUUCCAUGUCUUCUGCUCCUCCACCUCCAAGGAAGAACAGCAGCAAAGCUGACUCCAUAUUAGAAUUAUAUUCCACCAAACCUGACUCCCCAGCUACAGCAGCCAAGAAAGAUCAUCUCACCCCAACUCCAAUACCACAGUCUUCUUCAAAUGUAUCGCUCAAUAAUCUCUUCAUAAUGCCAGAGAAAGAUGCAGAAAUAGUAACUUCUUCACCAGCCACAAGCAACCAUAACAGUGACCAUCUUUCCCCAUCUCACAACUCUGUUGAUUCCAUUGAACUAAACACGCCAGAACAAACUGAGAGACCACGAAAUCUAUCCCUUACUACAGCAUGGGAUGACCUUGGAAAAGCUAACAACUCUAGUCAUUCUGCUCCUCUCGCAUCCUCUGAGAGUUGGUCCUCUCUCUCCUCCAUUGGAGGAACACCCAUGGAUAGUUUCGCUUCUUCCCGAGGUCCGAGUCCCCUCACACUAAUGCAUGGAGAUCCAAUUCCAAUUGCCGUUGCGUUUACUGAGACAGUGAAUGCUUAUUUCAAGGGGUCUGAUGAGACAAGGUGUAUGGUGAAAAUAACCGGUGAAGUUCAAAUGUCAUUCCCAGCUGGCAUAGUUCGGGCUUUCACCUCCAACCCUAACCCUGCAACUCUAAGUUUUAAAGUAAAAGGAGUUUCGAACAUAAAGGAUUUCGCUCCCAACGCGAACCUUAUAUUUGCAGACGGAUCCGAAUUAUCAGCAGAAUCCCGUUCCUUCUUUUUUAACAUGUCAGCAUUGGUAAACCAUGUGAAGAAAAUGACAGAAGCGAAUCCCAACUCCCCAUAUUACAACAUUCAAGUCAUGUCGUACCAAUUAACCCCAGCAUCAGGUUAUGACAUGGUGCCGUUACAUGUAACCAGUUCAUGGAAAUGUGAGAAAGAUUCAACUGAUGUUAUUGUCGAUUAUAAGUACAACACAAAACUUCAUUUACCGCCAUUAAAGAAUGUACAGAUCAUAGUUCCUGUUGAUGGUGGUGUAACUAGUGUUCAAUCUGUUCCAACAGCUAACUGGAUGAGUGCUCAAAACCGACUCUCGUGGAAAAUGCCUGUUCCUGUAAGCAGCAUGAGUGCUCCUACCCAUUUAAAAAGCAAGCUCUCGCUUUCAAAUGGACCAAGCAGGGCAUCUGCAUUAGCUGUUCAGUUUAUGUCUGAUGGAGCAACUUUAACUGGAGCGGAUUUUGAGUUAACUGGAGCAGGGUAUCGGCUCUCUUUGGUCAAAAGAAAAUUCGUAUCAGGCAAGUACUUAUCCGAUGGAAGUUAGAAUCCUUUUCAACCGCCAUCAAUUUUCUGUUUUUCAUUCCUGUUCUUUUUCGACGACCACAUGCGUUCCAAUCCCCUCCUCUACCCUGGCACUUGUACGCACGCAGUAUUUUCACCGCAGCACUUUAACUCUCAAAUUAUCAACGGCGCAUAUGAAGUUGCAACACAAGCAAACAACCAGACUCGAAAUACGUAUUUUUAUCUUGGCGACCCAAGGCAUUUCGGCCUGAAUUGAUUUUAACCCGAAUUGUAACGUACAUUCGAUCGCCAAAGUGCAAUAUUCCCUUCUCGUCAAUGAAAUGUCUACUUAUCGCUGGGGAAUUGGUUACAACACCUCUCAAAAUUGUAGGUGCUGAUACAGUCUGCACCAUUGUAGCUGCUUUCUUCACACUGCCAUAUGCAGCUUGGAAAAUUAGGUGUGAUUCGUCUCAACCAAAGAACUGCUGGUGUUUUCUCCUACAAAGCAUUCACCAGACACCUGUGUUCGUUUUUCAUGAACCCCUGUUUGCAAUUGAAUAUAAUUUUACUGAGCUAAUAUUUUCCUUUAAUCUUCCAUUUCCCACGAUUUGUCGAAUGCAAUUUCAAGUACAAUUUAGUCUCCGCUUACCCCAUACAUGGCCACCGUAUUACCUCUGCUUAAUUUUUCAAGCGAGGUGUAAUUCGUUAAGCCGAUGUUGCAUGGUUUUGAGAGUAGUCGUUCUUCUUAUUAAUUUUAUAGGCAUCGAUAUUAUAAAGUUUCUCAUUGUGUUUUGCCUUGUAAUAUAAAUAUAAGCCUAUAGAUUCA